CGUGGUCACUUCCUGUUUUGUAAAGUAUUUAAGAUGAUCACAGAGCAUGAAGCACCACAAGCGACCACUCGCGCCUUCGUUCAGCUCUGCUUUAGAAAAGGACACGAGGAAAGCUGAGAAACAACUGCAACAUGCCUUUCAGCCAGAAGAUCCGAAGCCUCGCUGUCAUCGCCGUUCUUGCCUGCAUCGCGAUUACAGUAGCAACUGAGAAAGAGUCUGUGUGCUGCAGGCAGGCUUCCACCAAAGAAAUCACCGUGCCCAUCACAGGAUUCAGAGUUCAGCCUCCACAACCUCCAUGUGUCAAAGCAGUCAUCUUUUACACAUCCACGGGUCCUGUAUGCAGCCACUGGAAGGAACAAUGGGUCAUGAAGAAGGUCACCGAGCUCAGGAAACUUCAGAGCAGAGUAAAAAACCUGACGAUGAACACUACGACAAUCGUACCCCAGACAACCGGCUCCACUUCCAGCUUCAAUACUACUUUGAACAAUUAAGCAAUAUUUGCUUGUGUAUGUGGGUUAUGGGUUCCCCCCUCCCCCCGUUAAUUAUUUAUUUCUUUUCAUUUAUCCAUUUGGAAGGACCUGAUAUAUUUAUUAUAAUUUUUUUCUCAAAUGAAAUUGAUUCUUUUCAAAUGUAUGGAACCAUAAUUUAAUUCAAAAACAGAUGUUUACAUACUUUAUUUAAAUGGUUUAAUUUAUCAAUUUGGAAGAAUUGUGACUUGGAUGUGUAUGCAUAAAUAAAGGUUCUUUUACAGUA